AUGUCUUCAACGUCACAGGAUACCAUUACACUCGCCGAUUAUGUCUUCGCAAGACUCCAUCAACUUGGCAUUCGGUCAGUCUUCGGAGUUCCUGGCGACUACAACCUUCGACUGCUGGAUUUUGUUGAGCCUGCGGGCUUGCACUGGGUUGGCAACUGCAAUGAGUUGAACUCUGCAUAUGCCGCUGAUGCCUACGCCAGAAUCCAUGGCGUGAGUGCACUGAUCACUACGUUUGGUGUUGGAGAGUUGUCGGCAGUCAAUGGCAUUGCUGGUGCAUACGCAGAAAAAGCCCCCAUUAUCUCCAUUGUUGGUACCCCAGCCAGAGCUACUCAAGAGGCUCGUACCAACGUGCAUCAUACAUUCGCCGAUGGUGACUUCAAUCGCUUUGCCGCAAUGCAUACACAUGUGACAGUCGCCCAGACAAAUCUCCUGGAUCCUCGCACCGCCCUGGAACAGUUUGAUGUGACUGUACAACAGGCCCUGAUCCACAGUCGCCCGGUUUAUAUCCAACUACCAGCCGACAUGGUGGACGUGAAGGUGUCUGCGGCCGGUCUGACGUCCAAGAUCUCCCUGCCUCCAAUUUCGCAUGGCGAUAACGAAUCGAAGGUCUCUGGCCGCAUCAUUGAGAUGAUGCAUUCUGCCAAGAAGCCUCUGAUAUUCGUGGAUGGUGAGAGCAGAUGCUUAGACAUCCUUGACGAGGUCAACGAAUUUGUCAAGACUACAGGAUGGCCUGUAUGGACAUCGCCAUUUGGUAAAGGUUUGGUAAACGAGCAUCUUGAGAGCUUUCAAGGUAUCUAUAAUGCCGAUUUGGGUAGCGAAAGCGCAAAGACCUAUUUCGAAUCAGCAGAUCUUGCUCUGGUAUUUGGUCCUCACUUUAGCAGCACCAACACCGCCUUGUUCUCGACUAUCCCGAAGCAAGCAAACUCGGUCUCAUUCUCCGAACGUCAUGUCAAGAUUGGAUCCGAGAUCACUCGUGAUGUUUCGAACAAGAAACUCGUAGCAUUGUUGCUGCAGCAGCUGGAUCGUAGCAAGAUAUCGAAGGCUGAGAGUCCCUCGAAGCCAAGUCAAACACGCCCAUCUGUCGAAUCAUCUGGCUUGCUCACGCAGAAAGACUUCUAUCGUUUCGUUAAUCCUAUGCUCAAGCCCGGCGAUAUCGUCAUGGGCGAAACGGGUACCGCCUCUCAUGGCAGCCGUGAUCUUGUGCUCCCAGCCGGAAGCUAUUAUUUCACCGCUGUUACGUGGUUGAGUAUUGGAUACAUGCUACCAGCCGCGCUGGGUGCUGCGAUCGCUCAACGCGACUCGGAGAACUGGAGAAAGAGGUCAGGCAGCAAAGAUGCUUCCGAAGAUCGAGUGGUCUUAUUCAUUGGCGACGGAAGUCUGCAGAUGACUGUACAAGAGAUCAGCACCAUGAUCAGAGAAGAGUUGAAUAUCGUCAUUGUAGUCAUCAACAACGACGGCUACACUAUCGAGCGUGUCAUACAUGGUCGCAAACAAGCAUACAACGAUAUUGCAUCUUGGAGAUAUCUGCAAGCUCUGAACAUGUUCGGCGCCACCGAAGACGAAGUCGAGACCAACACUUUCUCUGCACGAACUUGGGGUGAACUAGAGGCAGUGAUAGGAUCAGGUUUGCUCACAAACGGCAAAGGUGUCAGAAUGCUCGAGGUUUUCAUGGAACGCGAGGAUGCACAGGGCUUCUUGUUGAAGCUUCUGAACAACCAAAAAGCUCGUGAGUCAUCCAAGAUGUGA